AUGAUGAUCCGGCGUGUCCUCGUCCAGGCCUCCCUCGCCGCUGGUGCCCUGGGUGCCGCCAUCGCCAAUGCUGGCCCUGGCCUCGGUCCCAAGACUGCCAUCACCGCCUCCUCCGAGGGACAAGUCAGCCUGGUCAACACCACCGGCAUCACCAUCCGCGACGACUUCGGCCCUCUCCCCGACCACAACUGCACUGACAUUAUCAAGCGCUACAUCGUCCCCCAGAUCGACUGCAGCUACUCCUUCGAGAACUGCGGCUUCGAUAACCACCUCGAGUACCAGAUCAAGAUCGACCCCGUCGGCAUGUCCAGCGAGAAGUGGUGCGAGAUGCUCAUCACCAAGAUCCAGGACUUCACCGACAACUGGACUUACUGGUUCAUGUGCGACCGCAAGUGGAAGGCCAACGAGAACGGCAAUGGCCUCUUCCUCCGCUACAAGAUCGGCUGGCCCUGGCCCGAGGGCAAAGACUUCAUGGAGGAGGUCCAAUGGGCCAUCCACUUCUCCAUGUGCUUCAACCACCCUGUCCUGACCAACUGGGUCAACGAGGGUUGCUACCGCAGCAGUGUCUGCAGCACUCGCUACUGGUCCGCCGACAGAGACGACAGCCCUCCCAGCCCCUCCAUCUUCAAGCGCGACGACGAGGACCUCAUGGAGAUCGGUCCCGACUCGGACAUCCUCAUGAGCACCCAGGCAGCCAAGGACCUCCGCCUCCUUCCCGCGCCCGACCCCGUCAGCCAUGCCCCCCUCCUGAUCGAGACCAACACCCCUGCCCAGGCCACCCCUCCCCCCGGUAUUGACCCCGACUUCACCUGCGCCUUCGUCGACCCCAGCAAGGGCCUGACCACCGAGGCCGACUGUUCCUGGCGCUUCGACGAGGCCAACAACCGCCUCAAGUACAAGAUUGACAUCCAGCCCACCGGCCAGGACUCGACCAGCUGGUGCGACAACCUCGUCGACGCCAUCCGCUUCACCUGCCCCGACGGUGAUGGCCCCAACCGCUACAAGGUCAAGCAGUGCCAGACCGAUGUCUUCGAGACUGACCUCGGCAAGGGCGUCUCCCUGGAGCUGGACAUGUUCUCCUGGUUCAAGGUCGACAGCAACGAGAAGUGCGUCAAGGAGGCCAUCGAGUCUACUACCUGCGGUAUUCCCGCCACCUUCAAGAACGGCGGUUGCUACAAGCAGUGA